AAACAAGCUAACUAAGUCGCAUAAAUAUGCUCCUAUCACCUAUCUCCAUCACCGUGACCCAACAUCAUGGCAGCCACCACCAUCUUAUCUCUCAAUCUUGGAAUAGAAGUCUUUCCUCUCCUUGAAAUCAACCACUGCCGUCCGAUUACGAACCCCACCGCCACCCUUCUUGCUCCACCGUCACACCGGCUUUCUUCCCUCAUUUUCCAAAACCCAUUUCGCCUCCAUCUCCUCAACCACCAUCGGCAUGUCCCCAACUCACUCUCCACCACAACCACUACCAGAGGUACAGAGCUUUGUGAGGUGCUUUCUUCCUUAACCUUGACAGAUGAAGAUUUGGAUAAGCUGGGGUUCAAGAAGGUCGCCGAGGAGUUCAUCGGAGAGUGCAAGUCGGAAGCUUUGCUUCUCCGCCACAAAAAGAUAGGUGCCCAAGUCGUUUCCAUGUCCAACAACAACGAAAAUAAGGUCUUUGGCAUCGUUUUCCAAACCCCACUGGAGAUAUGAGGAGUGAUGAAGGAGCUACAUAAACUGUAGUGAGCUGCAUGAAGUAGUAAGAUACAUGAAGGAGCUAUAUGAAGGUGUAAUGAAGGAGCUACAUAUACUGUAUGCACAAAAGAGAAGAUACUUUUAUCUGCACGUCUUCAAAAGAAUUCAAGUUUGCAUUUUCGGAGUUUGAGGACUAGUGUUAAUAUGUUCAAACAUAUCUUAGGUUUGUAAAGAAUGUAUUGGUUUUACCACAUUGAUCUUACGUACUUUUAUUUUUAUUAAUGAUAUUACAAAGUAUUCUUUAAACAA